AUGGUGGCGGAGGCCAAGCGAGAGCAGUCGCGUUGGCGGGCGACGGUGGGUCUCUUUAUCUUCUAUGCAGCAUGGCUGGGGUCUAUCGGACUCUUCAUGGCCACUCUUGCCGCUAUGGCCACAUACCCAUCUUCCCGUAUGCCCCUGGUGCUCUUCUACAGUGUCUACGGUGGUGCGCUGUAUCUACUUCCCUGGGGCACGUGGCCUCGGUUCUGCGACCGAGUUCGAUGGUUCAGUGAGGACUCUGUGCCGUAUUUUCAGGACCAAAAGCUUGUGUUUGAUGACGGUGUGACGCCAUGCCCCGCCAAAUCCAAAACGCUCUUGUCGUACCAUCCCCAUGGGAUCCUCGUCUGCGGAUGGACUGUGCAUGGCGCAGCCAACGCUGCGUGGAAAGACAGCGCGGUGCGAUGGCUCGCGACCGACGUCUUGUUUGUGCUGCCCAUCAUAGCACAGAUUUUGUACUGGGCUGGUGGCGGGCCGGCGAGUCGCUCGAGCUUUGAAAAACUGGCCCGCGACAGCACAAACAUCGCACUGCUUCCUGGUGGAUUCGAAGAAGCAUCUUUGUUUACGUACAAUCGACACCGCGUCUUCCUUAAAAAUCGCAAAGGGUUCAUCAAGCUCGCGCUCCAGUACGGCUACAAGGUGCACCCUGUGUACACGUUUGGCGAAGAAAGCACAUUCUGGACGAUGCCGCACUUGGCGUCGCUGCGGUUGUGGUUGAAUCAGUACAAGAUCCCGACCGUUUUGUUCUGGGGCCGGUGGUGGUGCCCGUUCAUGCCGCACGCGACCGCCAAGAUUAUCACGGUCGUCGGGAAGCCAGUGCAGCUACCUCUCCUCGAGAAGCCGACCAAAGAAGACGUGGCCAAGUACCACGCCAUGUACGUGGCAUCGCUUCAGCACCUCUUCGACAAGUUCAAAGCGCAAUAUGCGACCGAUCCAAACGCAAUCCUCGAAAUCUGCUAAUACCCCAAAGUGCAUCGCUCAAUGAACAUUUUUGCCUCGCC